AUGAGGUUCAAGUCGCGUUGGAGCCUCACUGUGGAAGCCCUAGGCCCAACUAGGGGUCAUAUACAGUCAAGUCUCUUGACUAUUGGUUCUCUUCUUGAUUAUUGGUUCGGAAAGAUCAUAAAGAGGACUGAGAUCUACACCUUACAAGCAGUCCUGAUCGCAAUUGCUGGUAUAUCAAAAGAUGCUGGAAGCCGACAUGAAAUGAAUAUUGGCUAA